GAGGGAUUGAAGGGGUGAACUAGAGGAGAGGGAGGUGACCCGGCAGGGUGGAAAUGGCUAGAAUUCUCCCGGGGUGACUGAAGGAAUAGAAAGUGACAAGACCGCUGAAGUGUGAGUUUACCUGACGUGUGUCUCCAGUUCCUGAGCUGAUCUUUUUGAUCCGGCAGAAACGAUGUCGUGGAUCAAGGAAGGAGAGCUGUCGCUUUGGGAGCGGUUCUGUGCCAAUAUCCUAAAGGCAGGCCCGAUGCCCAAACACAUUGCAUUCAUAAUGGAUGGGAACCGCCGAUAUGCCAAGAAGUGCCAGGUGGAGCGACAGGAGGGCCACUCACAAGGCUUCAACAAACUGGCUGAGACUCUGCGCUGGUGCUUGAACCUGGGCGUCCUAGAGGUGACGGUCUACGCAUUCAGCAUUGAGAACUUCAAACGCUCCAAGAGUGAGGUAGACGGACUCAUGGAUCUGGCCCGGCAGAAGUUCAGCCGCUUGAUGGAAGAACAGGAGAAGCUGGAAAAGCACGGAGUGUGUAUCCGGGUUCUGGGGGACCUGCAUCUGCUGCCCUUGGAUCUCCAGGAGCUCAUUGCGCAAGCCGUACGGGCCACUAAGAACUACAAUAAGUGUUUCCUCAACGUGUGCUUUGCAUACACAUCCCGUCACGAGAUCAGUAAUGCUGUGCGAGAGAUGGCCUGGGGAGUGGAGCAGGGCCUGCUGGAGCCAAGUGAUGUCUCCGAGUCUCUUCUUGAUAAGUGCCUUUAUACCAGCCACUCACCUCCUCCUGACAUCUUGAUCCGGACUUCUGGGGAAGUACGGCUAAGUGACUUCCUGCUCUGGCAGACUUCCCACUCCUGCCUGGUAUUCCAGCCUGUUCUGUGGCCAGAAUACACAUUUUGGAACCUCUGUGAAGCCAUCCUACAGUUCCAGAUGAACCAUAGCAUGCUUCAGCAGAAGGCCCGAGACAUGUACGCAGAAGAGCGGAGGAGGCACCAGCUGGAGAGGGACCAGGCUGCAGUGUCGCAGCAGCUGCUGCGAGAGGGGCUCCAGGCCAGUGGGGACGCCCAGCUCCGACGGACAUGCUUGCACAAACUCUCGGCCAGAAGGGAAGAGCGAGUCCAAGGCUUCCUGCAGGCCUUGGAACUCAAGCGGGCUGACUGGCUGGCAGGUCUAGGCACUACAUCCGCCUGAGUGAGGCUGGCUGCCCGCCACUUUGUCCUGCCCUCUGCCUCCAGGGACCCACUCCCCUUUCUUUUUUUGGUGAAAAGUACCUCCUUUCUGAGGAAGAAAUGUCUUCCUUCUGCCUGGCAGAGGAGCAUCCAAGGCCAGCUCAGCUGGCCACAGACUUCUUUGGACUACCUGCCAUCACGGCCCCUGGGAAGGGCUGAAGACGAGUCAUUUCUCCAAAGCCAGUAAACCCAGCUGUGGUCACCAAUA